UCUGUCCAUAACUGGAAGCAGCUCAGUGUAGGAUCCUGAGUGUCCUUGUCUGCACAGAGAACAACGUGUGCUCCACUUUCCUGGGCUCAGUUCUGCCUGCCUUUUUCCAGCCAGCUGCAUCGUCCUGCUGCCCUGACUGAGAUGGACAAAUCUGUGCUCAUGUUGCUGUUCCUGGGAUGUUUCCCUCUUGUGAUCUUCCAAGUCUAUGCUCUUCAGUGUAGACUCUGUAAUGACUACUUCAAUGGCCAAUGUACAACAGAUUACACAACCUGCAACACUUCGGCUCGUGAGUUCUGCAGACAUUUUAGAGUAUCUAAUGCAAGCAACAUGUCAUACAUAUCUAUUGGACAUAGCGAUUGUACAGAAAAUUGCUCUCCUUUCUAUAUACGGCAUUUGGAUAGUGCCUACAUAGAAUACUGUUGUAUUGACCGUGAUCUGUGCAAUGACGACACUGUACCAGUUGAUAAAUAUGUCAAAAACCUAGCUCAGAUCAAUCUAAAUUAGUUUUCCAUAA